AUGCUGAUCAUCUGGUUGUGCAUCACAUCUGUGCUGUCCACUUCUUUGGUCUCUUCUGAUCAGAACACGAGCCACCUCAGAGUGUUCCCGCCAGAAAACCAAACCAUUGCUGGAGUAAUCCAGGUUACUUACCUAAAUGACCGUAACCAGCUACAAUAUGCCUUCAAUGCCUCAAAUGCACGGAAGCUAUGCCACUCUCUCAGGCUGAGUAUUGCUUCUCAAGCACAAGUAGAGGAAGCUCUGAAAAGAGGUUUUGAAACAUGCAGAUACGGGUGGAUUGAUGAACAUUUUGCAGUCGUUCCCCGCAUCCAUGCACUUGCUAAUUGUGGCCAAAACUACACUGGUUUGGUGAAAUGGCGAGCUUCUGUAACACACAAGUUUGAUGUGUUCUGCUUCAAUGAAUCAGAUGCGAUGACACAGCUGAAAGAUGCAGCGACCGAUAGCCCUUUGAGCAGCGGGUAUAACCCGGAGCACACGCAGGCUACUUCCGAAGCAACACAGUCCACCCUGGCACAAUCUACAUCUGGUUCCUCUCCUGCUCCUACAACCAUGAACAAUGAGGUCGAACCAGCCCGCUUCGUCAGCAGUGCACAUACCUCUGCACGAGCUAAGGUGGUGCUCAUUGCCUGCACCUGUGGCCUCCUUAUAGUUUCAGUAGUAAGCCUGGCAUAUCUAAAACUGAGGAGGCGUUGCUCUCAAAGCUCAGACAUGAAGCAGCACCAGCAGCACAUCGAGACAGAGGAAUUAAAUUGUGUGAAGUACGCCACAGAAAUCCAGGAGGUUGUAUCAGAGGGUGAGAAGAUAGAAGUGGACGACGAUGCACAUUGA